AUGUCGGUGAGCACAAAACAUUUGCUACGGACGUACUGUAAGUACGUGUAUAUUGCGGGGGCGGGGAACUUUUGGUUCGAGGAUAUCUAUCGAGAGACAAUAUGGUACAGAAUCUACCACGUCGUAUCCUUCUCGAUAUAUUUCACGAUGAUUCUUCUCGAGAAUCUCGCGACUCUCUUCGGGAGGUUUCCCGAAGUCGAGAAACAGUCGGCGCUCAUGUUCGCCGCGAUUCACGAUAUAAUCCUCAUAAAAACCUUCAUGCUGCUGUACUACAAGGACCCCAUAAGGAAAUUGAACAACAAAAUGGCGACGCUCAUGGAGGAUAUCGAGGAGGAGUCGAUCACCAGGAAACAACACGGGAAAGCCAAAUGGGGGAUAAUAUUCUACACGAUAACAGUUUAUUUAUCGCUAAUUGCGUUCGGGAUCGAGAGUUUCAGGAAAGUUCUAUUUGAAGGAGCGCCCUUUUAUACGGUCGUCACCUACUUACCGUACUACGACGACGCCUCCACCCUGGCUGAUAUAUGGCGGGUGUUCUUCUACGCGACCUGGCUGUACAUGAUGCUGCCCAUGAUAUCGGCGGACUGCAUGCCGAUCGUCCAUCUCAUCACCAUGACGUACAAAUUCAUAACUUUACGUCGCCAUUUUGAGCGGAUAAGGCGGGCAUUCGACGGGUCGCGGGGGAGCGAGGCUCGUAAAACGCUGAAGUUGGGAUGUUUACAGGGCAUAAAGAUGCAUCAGGAGCUCAUGUUUUUAGCAGAUGAAAUACACCGUGUUUUCGGAGUCAUAAUGUCCUUACAAGUUUGCGAAAGUUCGGCAGUCGCAGUUUUGCUCUUGCUCCGUUUAGCGCUCGCGCCGUACAUGAACCUAACAAACGCGCUGAUGACGUAUACAUUCGUCGGCUCAUUGUUUUUCCUCCUCGCGCUCAAUUUGUGGAACGCGGGGGAAAUUACGUACCAAGCAUCUUUACUAUCAGAUUCGAUGUUUUACUGCGGCUGGCAUCUAUGUGCGAUUCACCCAAAGCCUCACGAGGAUAUCCGACGUCUGGUUCUAGUGGGAUGCGCGCAAGCCCAAAAACCACUUAUACUGAAAGCCUUCGGGAUCCAAGAUUUGUCUUACAGCACAUUCGUUUCGGUGGCAAGAAUGACGUAUUCAAUCUUUGCUGUAUUUUAUCAGAGACGCGAGUAGUUUCACGAUGGGAAAGUGUAUUGGAGCUAAGAAAUAUCAUUAGCAUUUUUCUUUAAUAAAGAGUGCUACGGA